AUGUCGCUGAAUGUGGAUGAGACAGCUGGGGACCUUCCAGUGAGGGAUGUGGGCCCAAGAGGAGGAUCCAUGCUUGUCACACAAGAACAAAACAUUAGAUCCUGGAGAAGACAGCCACAGGUGCUGAAAAUUAAAGAUCGGCAGCUUGUGUUCAGGAUCCCAAGGGAGCAGCUUGAGGAGCAGUGUCUCCGUCUGCAGGAGGAGAACAUGCUCCUCAAACAACACACUCGUACACAAGAACAGAAACUGCGCAGGCUGUCCACUAGGCUCCUGAAGCUGAGGUAUGGGCAGCCUGGCUCAGCACGACGCGGUGCUGACACAGAUGAAGCAAUUGAGGAGCUGGAGGCUCGUGUAGCUACUCUGGAGUGCCAGAAGGAGAUGCUGCACGGCAAGCUCUGUGCAGCCAGACAGCAGAUCCUGAGCCUGUGUGGACAAGCCCCCCACAGACCGCGCACUGGGCGGGGUCUAGAGGGAGAGGGCGGGGCCAGACGCCUGGCCCAGACUGCACCUGCUUGCUGCACCCACAGCUCCCUGGAAGACAGCCGAGGGAUUGAGAAACUGCAUACACUCCUCAACAGGUCUAGCAUUUCAGAAACACAGCACAUGAGGGUCCAAGAGCUUGAGCAUGCCAAUCAGUCCCUCAGAGAAACCCUUAAAGAGAAAGAGAAAGAGCUAGAACACACCAUUAAAGAACUGCAUAGACAGCAAGCCAAUGGACACAGGCUUACCAUAAAGGACAAUAUAGAUCUGAUCAGACUGCAGAAACAGCUAUCUGAAAAGAGCACCGCCCUUGUGGUUGUUCAGGAGAAGUUCACCAUUCUACAAGAGGCAUAUGAGACCCAGCUGGAGGAGGGUCAGAAGUCUCUUCGAGAGAGCCAAGAGGCUUUGCUGGGAAAGGUGGAGGAGCUGAGCGAGCAGCUGAAACAGGAGAAGUACAGAGUGCUGACACUCGAGGGUCAACUCAGUACUACCACUCUCUCACUUCAAGAACUAGAGGAGUUUCAGGAGAGGGUCUCACAUCUUGAAGGGGAGAAAAAUCUCCUGAAGAAAAGCUAUGAUGCUCUUCUGCAGAGCACUCUGUCUGCUCGGUGCCAUCAGGAAGACCAUGAACAUGACAGAAAUGUGAGUGAGUCACUGAGAGAAGAGAAGCUGAGAGCUGGCAUACAAAGGCUCGAGGAGCACUUGCAGGGGGAGAGGCGAGAGAGAGAGAAGUUGGAGCAGGAGAAAGAGAGGUUAAAACAGGAGUAUGAAGAAGUUCAAGAGGAGAGAGCAGGGGACAGGGCCAUGACUACUGCUCUCAGAGAAACACAUGACCACCUGGAAAAGGAAGUGCUUCAUUAUAGACAGGAAGUGGCAUCUCUGAAAGACAGACUGGACAGUGUGACAAAAGAAUUUGAUAUGAGUGCAGAAGACCUCAGUGAAACUCUGAUGCAAAUUAAGGCUUUCAGACUGAGGCAGGAGAGUUGUGAGGUGCUAUGUUUUCUGGGGGUUGAUGGGAAAGUGGAGGACUCACAUCGCGAGCUGGUUGCUCUACAGGCCGCACAGGCAGAAACAGUACUUGAGCUGCAGAAAACUCGAGACUUGCUGCAAAUACAAUAUCAUCUCAGUGGUGAUCUGCAGGCUGAGCUGAAAACUGUAUUGGAGAGAACUGAAAGGGAAAGAGCACAGAACAAAAAGUGGGCCACUGAAAAAGACAAAUUGUUAAAAAGCAGGGCUCUUCAAAUCAACAACUUACAAGCUCAACUAAAAGACAUUGCCUACAAGCCUGGAGGUUAUAAGUGGACCAUACCACAGCAGUACACAUGGACAGGGAUGGAUGAGGAGUUAGUCCAGAAGACAGAGGAGGAGAACAUCUUCAGCAAUCUGCAAGAGGGAGAAUUCUUGCUUGAAAUCCAUCUAAUAGGAGUCACCUUCACCCCUACUGGACUGAGAUUCAUGGCUCAGACAGAUUCUGGGGAUUGCCACGAGCUUGUGACGUUUUGCACCUAUGCAUGCCUUGACUUUGAGGUGCACUCAACACCUCUGGCUUCAGGGACACAGCCAAAUUAUGGCUUUACAUCUUGUUAUGCCCUAACUGGUCAUGACCUCACCAAGCUUGGGCACCACGGGGCUUCUGUACAUGCUGAACUCCAUCAGGCUCUAGGAGGGGUGCGAUUUAUAACCUGGGGCAGAGCAAGAAUCUCCCUGAUGGGGGCACUACAGCGGAGAGGAGAACAAGUGAAAGGCACAGCCAACAUCACAGGAUCUGAGGAAGUGAUAAUAGGGGCCCUGGAGUUCAGGGUUUGUCUGUACCCUCAGGUGGAACCAAGAGACAGAGGCAAAGAUGGAAUGACUGAAAAAUGGCCCAUACAAAAAGCUCUGGACUGGAGUCACAUACAGUCAAAAACUCAGGAGUUAUAUGACUUUGGUGGAAGGAUACCAAAUGAGCUGGUGGUGGUAUUGGAACGCUGCAUAGGCCUCAGUGCACGCUGGCCAGGACUUCUUCCUGAUGCUUAUUUAACCUAUCACCUGUAUGAUCUACCUCCUCACUCCACUCCUAUAGUGCCAUGCUGUGCAGACCCUGUGUUUGCAGACUCGGCCACCUACCCGUUAGCAGCUACAGCAGAUCUGAUGGAAUACCUGAAGAGGGGCAGCCUAUGGCUGUAUGUGUUUGAUGACAGUGAAGGCCAGACUCCUCCUACUUACCUGGCCAAGACACCAAUCCCACUCCGAGCUCUAGCAGCUGGCAGACCAAUCAAAGGUGAUUAUGUCCUAAGGGACCCUGCAGGGAGCCCUAGAGGCAUGGUGAGGGUGCAGCUCCAUUGGAGAUAUCCUUUCCAGUCCCCUGGUUUUAACCAGAUGCCUUCCAGACCAGCUGAAAUGGAGAGAGCCAUCAGGAAUAGACAGAGGCUAGACAAGAGAGCUGAUGAAACAGAAGAGUCACAGAGGCCGACUGCUAAGCCCAGGCUGAAGUUGGGUCCUUUCAAAAAUGGCAAAGACCAGACACAGCCCUCCCCUCCACCAAUCAAAAUCCAUAGACCUGAAAGAUCACCAAAACCUCAGGUUUCUACGCCCAAGUCGAUCCAGCUGAGAGCACCACGAAAUGUCUUUCAACUGCCAGUAUCAAAAAGCAGACAGCAAAGGAGUACCAGAAACCUUUCAAGAGUACAAGAUGUAAAGCCAGUGGAACAUGGGGAUGAGGAAGAGGAGGAGGAAGAGGAGGAAAAAAAGCUUCAGUCUAACGGAACUGGAAAUGACAGUGAUAUGUCUGAGUCAGCAGAAUCAGGAACUUCAAGUGGGAGUGAUAUUAUAAUCCCCCCAUCACUAAAACCUGCCAAUAAGGAGGACAGACUUAGAGUGGAGAUUUUGUCCCUUUUGUUUGACCCAUCGUCCAGUGUUGCUUUGGAUCCAUCAGUGCAGCAAGUCUAUGUAGAAUACCGACUUUUGGGUGUUCCUAUGGAAACCACUGAGACCCCCAUGUCUCUACGGAAACCAACCAAGGGGGAGGAAAUACAUUAUAACUUUACUAAAGUUAUACAUGUGGACACCAUGGAGGCAAUUCCUUUGAGGCAUUACCUCUAUACUAUGCUGGAAGGGACUGACCCCAAUCAGGGCAGGUUAAAGUUCACUGUGGUCAGUGAGCCACUGAAUGAAGAAGAUGAAUGUGAGGAUGUUGGCCACGCCUACCUGGACUUGCAGGAACUUCUUCUUACGGGAAAUGAUGUAAUCGAACGGCAAAUUGACAUUAUCAGUAUGGAUGAUGAUCAGAAUGUGGUGGGGAAGCUGAAAAUGUCUCUAGAGGCUGCUGAGGCUUUAACAGGAAUUUACGGGGAGUACCACAAGAAAGAGAAGAAAGGGAUAGUGACAGAGAAUAAAGAGGAAGAAGAAGAAGAAGAAGAGAGACAUGGAGAUACAGAGAAAUGA